ACUGAUGAGUUUUUCUCUAAUUUUUCAGAAAAAAAGAAAAAGCAAAACCCUUUGUUGCCCUAACUAAACAUCAAAAUUCUCACGUGAGCUCCUUCUCUCGAGCCGACACUAUCAAUCAAAAACCUCCCACCGUCCCUUCCUCACCAGCAGAACCAUCAACCAGCACCAGCCCCUUGAGCGCCACCAGCAGAACCGAUUGGAGCCACGGUCCGACGCAGAAUCAUCAACAGCACGAAUCGAUUGUACCAUCGAUACCAGCAACGCAGAACCGGCGAGUCAGCGACGGGAAGUAGCAGCACGGUGCGAGGGGGCCUUGCAUGCUUCCCACCGUCGCUUCUCGCCACCAGUAGCCUGUAGAAGCACCGCUCAUAAGCCAAGGAGGAGAUCUGUGUUUCUGUGAGUUAUGGAAGUUAUAGACUCAGAGAAAAGGAGAGGAAGAGAUCUCUCAAUAAUUAUUUGAUAAAUUCGAAAAGGAAACUUCUAAACUUUUCUCUGGAAAUAAGCAGAAGGCUGGAAUCUUGACUAACUGAGAUAGGAGAAUGAGGCGGAGACCAACGGAUUUUCGAAGGCCGGUAAAAAGGCGAUGUUCGAAUGUGGUCUGGUGGACACUUUGUGGUAUAGUGGUCUUGCUCUUUAUAAUCAUUCUCAGUAAAGAGAGUCAGAUUGAAUCCAGACCCCCCCAUUCUAAGCAGAAACCUUUCUAUCAUGACAGGAUUAUGGAAGGCCUAAACAUUACUGAUGAAAUGCUGAGCCCUAACUCGGUCACCAGGCAACUAACCGACCAAAUUUCUCUUGCAAAAGCUUUUGUAGUGAUUGCAAAAGAAAGCAACAAUCUGCAAUUUGCAUGGGAAUUAAGUGCCCAGAUUCGCAAUUCACAGGUCCUCCUUUCUAGUGCUGCAACAGGACGAGCUCCAUUGACAAUCAGAGAAUCAGAAACUGCAAUCCGUGAUAUGGCACUUUUGCUCUUUCAAGCCCAACAGCUGCAUUAUGAUAGUGCAACAAUGAUUAUGAGAUUGAAGGCCAAAAUCCAAGCUCUUGAAGAACAAAUGAGUUCUGUAACUGAAAAGAGUUCAAAGUAUGGGCAAAUAGCUGCAGAAGAAGUUCCAAAAGGUCUUUACUGCCUUGGUAUUAAGCUAACUACAGAAUGGUUUGGAAAUUUAAAUUUGCAGCGGAAAAUCAAUGAAAGAAUGCGCAUGGAAUCAAAACUUAGAGAUAACAAUCUCUAUCAUUUUUGUGUCUUCUCUGAUAAUGUACUUGCAACUUCAGUUGUGGUCAAUUCAACUGCAUUAAAUUCCAAAAAUCCAGAUAUGGUCGUCUUCCAUCUUGUAACUGAUGAAAUAAACUAUGCUGCAAUGAAGGCCUGGUUUGCCAUGAAUGACUUUGGAGGAGUUACUGUUGUGGUUCAAAAGUUUGAAGACUUUAAGUGGCUGAAUGCGUCUUAUGUUCCAGUUCUUAAGCAGCUCCAGGACUCUGAAACUCAAAACUACUACUUUUCGGGCCAUACUGAUGAUGGUCGGACUCCAAUCAAGUUCAGGAACCCAAAAUACUUGUCUAUGCUAAAUCACCUUAGAUUUUAUAUUCCUGAAGUAUUUCCUGCAUUGAAGAAGGUGGUAUUUCUUGAUGAUGAUGUAGUGGUUCAGAAGGAUCUAUCUGCUUUAUUUUCAAUUGAUUUAGAUGGCAAUGUCAAUGGUGCAGUAGAAACUUGCAUGGAGACAUUUCACCGGUACCAUAAGUACCUCAACUACUCUCACCCACUCAUAAGGGAUCAUUUUGAUCCAGAUGCAUGUGGUUGGGCAUUUGGGAUGAAUGUUUUUGAUUUGGUUGAAUGGAGGAGAAGAAAUGUAACUAAAAUUUAUCAUUACUGGCAGGAAAAGAAUGUAGACAGGACACUUUGGAAACUUGGGACUCUACCGCCUGGACUUCUGACUUUCUAUGGGUUGACGCAACCAUUAGAUCCCUCAUGGCAUGUCUUGGGAUUGGGAUACACAAACGUCGAUCAUCACGUGAUAGAGAAGGGAGCGGUAUUGCACUUCAAUGGAAACUCAAAGCCAUGGUUGAAAAUUGGGAUGGAAAAGUACAAACCUCUCUGGGAGAAAUAUGUAGAUUAUUCUCAUCCUUUGUUGCAACAAUGCAAUUUCCAUUGAUUUCAGACAUGGGAAGCUUCACAUUUCCAACGGUGUGUAAGAAUAUCUAUAUAUUUUUUGCAGUCGAGUAUGCUUGCACAAUUUUUACAAGAUCAAGCAUGACUGGUGGUUGUAAUAUUGCCUGUUGUAGCAUAGAUUGCUUCUUUUCAAAUCAAUCAUUGAGGGUUAUCAAUUGACCAGGAUUUUUCUAUAGUCUAUAUUCAUGUAGACUGAGGUGUAACUGUAAUCAGCACUUGUUCACUGCACCAGUGCAUAGUUUAAUUGUAACUGCAUUUAUUGAACCUGAGGAUCAGGAAGUUGUUGGUAAUUUUAUGAUGAAAAUCUGAUAAAAGCAAUAAAUUAUUAUCAUUUAGC